ACAAAACACGUACAUAUAUACGCACACACUCUCUAUGUGUGUGUAUAUAUAGAUAUACUCGCAUCCGUAGAGACACCCACCUCGUUUUCCGGAUCAAAGCCCAGAAAAAAGAAAAAACAAAAGAGAAAGCGAGAGGAGGAAGACGAAGAAGAAGCCAUGAAUGCAUUAGCAGCAACUAACAGAAACUUCAAACUGGCGUCAAGGCUUCUGGGUUUGGAUUCAAAGCUCGAGAGAAGUCUCCUUAUUCCCUUCAGAGAAAUCAAGGUGGAAUGUACCAUACCGAAGGAUGAUGGGACAUUGGCAUCAUUUGUUGGGUUUAGAGUUCAGCACGACAAUGCAAGAGGUCCAAUGAAAGGUGGCAUCAGAUAUCAUCCUGAGGUGGAUCCAGAUGAAGUGAAUGCAUUGGCUCAGCUCAUGACAUGGAAGACAGCGGUGGCCAAGAUUCCGUACGGUGGAGCCAAGGGAGGGAUCGGCUGUGACCCGAGUGAGCUCAGCAUCUCGGAGCUCGAGAGGUUGACUCGUGUUUUCACUCAGAAAAUCCAUGAUCUCAUCGGCAUUCACACCGAUGUCCCUGCUCCCGACAUGGGCACUGGACCUCAGACUAUGGCUUUGGUUUUUUUCGAGUAUUCCAAGUUCCACGGGCAUUCUCCCGCCGUUGUGACUGGGAAACCAAUCGAUCUUGGUGGAUCUCUAGGAAGAGAUGCUGCUACUGGAAGAGGAGUGCUCUUUGCCACUGAAGCUCUGCUCAACGAGCACGGGAAGACCAUAGCUGGGCAGAGAUUUGUGAUCCAGGGUUUCGGAAACGUGGGUUCCUGGGCGGCGAAGCUUAUCAGUGAACAGGGUGGAAAGAUUGUUGCAGUAAGCGACAUUACAGGCGCAAUCAAGAACAAGAAUGGAAUCGAUAUCCCGAGCCUGCUGAAGCAUACUACAGAAAACAAAGGUGUGAAGGGCUUUGAUGGAGCAGAUCCAAUCGAUCCAAAAUCGAUUUUGGUUGAAGAUUGUGAUAUCCUCAUCCCUGCAGCACUAGGCGGUGUCAUCAGCAGGGAAAACGCAAAUGAUAUCAAAGCCAAGUUCAUAAUCGAAGCUGCCAACCAUCCAACUGAUCCUGAGGCAGAUGAGAUAUUGACGAAGAAAGGUGUUGUGAUUCUCCCAGAUAUAUACGCGAACUCAGGAGGAGUAACCGUUAGUUAUUUCGAGUGGGUUCAGAACAUACAAGGGUUCAUGUGGGAUGAGGAAAAGGUGAACGAGGAGCUGAGGACUUACAUGACUCGUGGGUUCAAGGACUUGAAAGGGAUGUGCAAAACCCACAGCUGCGAUCUUCGUAUGGGAGCCUUCACCCUUGGUGUUAACCGCGUGGCUCGGGCCACCCUUCUCAGAGGGUGGGGAGCUUGAGAAUUGUGUUACCCCAGAAAAUAAGACUUGUCAUUUAUGUUUUUUUUGUCUCUCAAGAUUUCUUGGUUUGGUCAUCCUCCUACCUACAUCAGAGGAAACUAAGAAGAACUAAAGAUUAUGCUUCUUUAUUGUCAGUUUCUCUACUUCUCACAAGUUUCCAAUAAAUUUCAAUAAAGGCAGGUGCUUUUGUGAGUUC